AUGCGAACCUUUUUCUCUUUCAAAAGUGGCCGGUCCACACCUACUUCCAAUUCUACUCCUAUACCCUCUGCUUCACCCGCUUCCAAUAGUCCUGAAUUCGGUUCUUCCCCUCAAACAGAUCGUAAUCCACCUUCUUCGUUCAAGUUUUCUAGUCCUUCGCCUAUACGAUCCAACGAUCUUAAGAAAACCCCAUCGGUAUCACUUUUACGAAAAAAUUCAUCAGGCAAAACCGACUUCACUCCCACUUCUGUCAAGUCCCCUGCCAAAGCUAGAAGACCAUCUGAUGCUUCGUUUCCUAGUGGACCACCUCCUACCAUUCCUCUUCCCCCUACCCCUGUUGAUACAUCGGAGGAGAAGAGAAAAUCUCGAAUUGCACAGCCUAUCAACGUUUCUCCCAACCGGCGAUAUCAACAACGAAUGGCUGGUUUUGGUACUCCUCCAUCUUCUUAUGGAUCAAGAAUUCACACACAUGGUCGUGCGGCUUCCACGACAUCUUCCCCUCUAUCUAGAUCAGCUUCAUUGACUAACACUACGACUGGCCGACAAAGAUCAUCAACCGUCAAUGCUUUAAGCUCUGAACCACCCACCACUCCAACUCGUCCCUCACGUUCGACAGAAAUGGUCCAAUCUGAAACUCCUAAACAUCGUCCCGUAGCUCUCAGACUUCGUACUUCCAACCUCACACCUUCACCAUCUCGACAAAUCUCUCCAAAACCAAGAACACAUGUUCGUUACCAAUCACCAACCAAGAACACUGGGAAACAACCACAGAUGUUAGGUCAACGAGCCGGUUCGGACGAUAGUAAUCAUACCGUUCGACCUUCUUCUCCUCCUCAAUCUUUUCCUCUUCGUCGGACAGAAAGUGCCGCGGUAUUACCGACACGAGAACAAUUCAUUGAACGUAGAAGAUCUUCUUCUACCGGUGAUGCUCUUCUCGGUCUUGGUGAAAAACAAUUAGCAGAACUUCGUGCUCUUCAAACCCCACAAUAUAUCCGACUUACUCAUCGCCGAUCACAUUCCGCUCAAUCAAAGUCUUCUUUAUUGACCACAACCUCUACCAUCUCAACCCCUUCUUUAGGUACACCCAGAAGAGGUUUUGAAAGUCUUCCUUUACCAUGGAGCACCGAAACAGCUCCUGCGUUACGUUUAAGUUUGGGAAACUCCACUUUCCACAAAUAUCUCGAUACCACUCUCUCUUCACUCGCACUCUCCACACCACGUCUGCUCGCCCCUGAAUCUCUCCGAACAAGCAUAUCGGAGGAGGGCAGGUUGAGAUCGGAGAUGGAGAGGUUGAAGGAGAAAUAUGAUAAAUUAUUAUUGCAGAGGGAUAAGAUGGCGGUUUUGUUGCAGGAAGGUACCAGAGGUGAUAGGAAUGCUUUGGCUACAGUGGUGGAAGCGAUGGUCAAAAUCACCGCUAGGUGCGAUAGGGUAGCCAGACAGGUAUUUAUUUGUAAUGAUCAAAUACGUCAAAUCGAAUUACAAGGUGAAGAACAUAUUGUCGGUACACUUCUUUUAGCUCUUCGACAACGUACAGCCGAUUCUUCCAUUGAUUCAUCCGAUCCUCACUCUCCCACACGUCCCCGUACCCGAAAACCUAAACUUUCAGCUAAACCCCAAGUUGAACCCUCCGUUCUCAAGACUGGAGAAUCAUCAUCAAACAACUUAUCAGUGGAAGUGGAAGAAUGUCUCUCGCCCGAUUCAGCAUUAUCAGGUACAUCAUCAUCCAGUGCUUAUUCCGAUUUAAGUGAUCCAACACCUACAACAGACAUCGUUAUAUUACAACCUAUGAAAGAUCAACCAGGAUUGAAAAUCGCCGAUUCACGUAGAACUUCAACUGCUACUUUAUUCAGUGUUAAUAAUUUUGGAUUCCCAGUACCACCUCAUCGACAAGAUAGUGAUGAAAUUUCUUCUUCAUUAGAAUAUCCUCCUUCUUCGGAAUAUCUUCAUGAAACAAAUCAACCUAUUCAAUCUGGUCAUUCUGGUGAAACGACCAUGUGGUUAGAUGAAGAAGAAGAGAAGAAAAGGAAUAAAGAAAGAGAUACUAUUGCUGCUUUCGUAAGGAAUUAUACAUCACCAGCGAGAUCUGAAUUUGGUAUUUCUUCUGAUUAUCAUGGUGAAGAUGGAAUACCUAUACUUCCUCCUUCUCAUCAAUUAAAUUGGGGAGAAGAAACUGGUAUGCCAUUAUCAGCUAAAAUGCCAAUAACUCCUGCGGUUAUGUCACAAGGGAAUUUAUCCGAACAGCAGAGUUCUUUGCAACGAGAGGAAUACCUUUCAACAAGAGAUCGAAUGUAUCAUGAAGGAAAAAAGGAUAAACAGGUGGAAGAAAAAAGGACAUCAUUCAGACAAUUCAGGAACUCUUUGAAGGAGAAGAACUUUGGAGAGAAAGAAAGAAAAAUUGCACCGUUGAAGAUUAAGACAAAAGGGAGAAAAGGAAGAGGUGGUAGUAUGAUACUUCGUUCUGAUAGAUCUGGUAAAGAAGAAGGGAUGAGGAGUAGAAGAGGUAGAGAUACACAAUUGGAAACUCCCGAAUCUAUCCUACUCAGUUUGGCAACAGCAGAACUCUGGACGAAACAUGGAUUUGGGAAUUCCCCCAAUACUACCGAUUCCUCCGAUUACUCUUACUCUCAAUGA